AAAACUGAGUCGCAGUGUCGAAAUCUGGACCUUUUUCCCACCAAAAGAAGACACGGUCAUUCCCGGCAAGCUGCUCCAUUCUAGUCUGCGUACAUUUUCCAGCUUAGGCAUUCUUUGAUUCAGGGUUUCUUGUGGGGAGGUGAGGGAUACCUACUGCGCCGCUCCUUCUCUUCUCGCCUUCGCCUGUGCUCCAGUCUGUUGCCGUCGCCGUUACCGUCUUCAUUCAGAAGACAAGUUGGGCGUGGGUGGUCCAAAGUGGAAGAAGAGAAGCUAAUAAGAACAAGUGUAGAAAGAUGUGAGAUGCAUGUUGACUUCACUUGUUAGGUUGCAGAAGCUGUUAGAGACGGAAAUUCAAGUAGUAAAAAAGGCCCAGAGAGCUCCCAUAAUUCACGGUAAUAUUAUAGAGAGCUCUGAUCCCAUAAAAAUGUUGUAUAUAAUCGGUUUAGGGCUGGGGAACGAGCAAGACAUCACACUGAAAGGUUUAGAAGCAGUGAGAAAAUGCCAGAAAGUAUACAUGGAAGCCUACACUUCCCUCCUUUCCUUUGGUCUCUCUACUGAUGGCCUUUCUAACCUGGAAAAAUUAUAUGGUAAAGCCAUAACUCUAGCGGACAGAGAAAUGGUUGAAGAAAAGGCAGAUGACAUACUUUCAGACUCUCGGGAUGCUGAUGUGGCUUUUCUCGUUGUUGGGGACCCAUUUGGGGCAACAACUCACACUGAUCUGGUUGUUCGAGCUAAGAAAAUGGGAAUUGAUGUCAAAAUAGUGCACAAUGCUUCCGUGAUGAAUGCAAUUGGAAUUUGUGGGCUUCAACUUUAUCGCUAUGGGGAGACUGUUUCAAUUCCAUUCUUUACCGAGUCAUGGAGACCUGAUAGUUUCUAUGAAAAGAUUGAAAAAAAUAAAGAAAUGGGACUUCAUACACUUUGCUUAUUAGAUAUACGUGUGAAGGAGCCCUCCCUCGAAUCUUUGUGCAGAGGAAGAAAAAUUUAUGAACCACCUAGAUACAUGACAAUAAACACAGCCAUUGAGCAGCUCUUGGAGAUUGGGCAAGCACGUGAAGACCCCGUAUACACAGAAGAUACAGAGUGUGUUGGGUUUGCUCGGUUAGGAAGUGAAGAUCAGAUGAUAGUAGCAGGUACAAUGAGGCAGCUUCGGAGUAUUGAUUUUGGUGCACCUUUGCAUUGCCUUGUCAUAAUUGGCAAGAUGCAUCCUUUGGAAGAAGAAAUGCUCGAUUUUUACAGGUGUAGGAGCUAGUUACAUACAUCUAUACUUGUCACUGGCUGAGGAAUUUAAUGCUUCCCUUAAAACUGUGGUUCUCAAUGCAGAGAAGUGUGGCAGUUGAUCGAUGCCUUUUAUGUAUGAAUAAUUAAGACUUGCAUUUUGAUUGAAUUACAUGCUUGCUGCCAUCGUUUCAACCAUUUUAUGGGAGAAAAGCUUGUGAUUAACAUUCAGGGAUAUGCUUAUAGAGAACAUUAUAUGUACACGCAAACCAGCCUGCAUAUUGCUGGAAUGGCAAAACUAAUUAUAUUAUCGCGUGUUUAUGGUUUUUU